AAUGCAGGACUCCAGUGUCAUAAGAAGAUAUGUGGUUAUCAUGAGAAACUCUUCACUUGUUUAAGGGAUUCUGGGUAAUCAUGGACUGUGCAAGUUGCUUCCUGAUUCCAGAUUACAAAUUCUGACCUCUAGCAUCAUUGUAUUAAAGACAGAGAUUGGGAAUGAGUUUGGGAUCCACACCUCCUAGGGAAAUCACUGAAGACUCACAGACAAGGUCAAUAGACUCCUUCUCUUGGAGGAUCGUCUCUGUGGUGGUGCAGGUAUCUUAUGGAGAGAAGGAUGUUGAACAACGAACAUGGUGACUGAUGGCAGAACACAGCUGGGAGUCAACAGGGAGCCUGUCCUGCAGUUAGACCUUUCCCAUGCGCACUAUUACAGAAGGACAAUUGUUCCACAGUUGCAAAGAUGAUAAUUUUUGCAAAUGACAAGACAGAAUGAAUGUCACUCACUCCAAUUAUUGGUAAUGUGUGAAGACCAAAUCAACAAAGGAAACGUGCUAAUGAAGGAUGGACCAGCGAAAUGGAAGUUCUUUCAGUGGAUUCAUCCUGCUGGGUUUCUCAGACAGGCCUCAUCUGGAGCUCGUCCUCUUUGUGGUUCUAUUGAUCUUCUAUGUCUUCACCUUGCUGGGGAACACAGCCAUUAUUGUGUUGUCGCACCUGGAUGCGCAUCUGCACACUCCUAUGUACUUUUUCCUCUCCAACCUCAGCUUCCUGGACCUGUGUUACACUACCAGCAUCGUCCCACAGCUCCUGGUUAAUCUCAGUGGGGCAGACAAAUCCAUCUCCUAUGGUGGCUGUGUGUUCCAGCUGUACAUCUCUUUGGGCUUGGGAUGUACCGAGUGCCUUCUUCUCGGGGUGAUGGCUUUGGACCGCUAUGCAGCCGUCUGCAGGCCCCUCCACUACACGGUCAUCAUGCACCUCCGUCUCUGCGCCCUCAUGGCAUCUGCUUCGUGGCUCAUAGGUUUUGCCAACUCCUUACUGCAGACAGUGCUCAUAUUCCUUUUGCCACUCUGUGGAAGAAAUAAGCUAGACCAUUUCCUCUGCGAGAUCCCUCCGUUGCUCAGGCUUGCUUGUGUGGACACGAGCGCAAAUGAAUCUGAGCUCUUUGUUGUCAGUUUCAUCAUCCUUCUUAUACCUGUAUCACUGAUCAUCCUCUCCUACAGCCAGAUUCUCAGGACAGUCUUUGGAAUUAAAUCAGCAGCAGGACAGAGAAAAGCUUUUGGGACGUGUGGCUCGCACCUCACUGUGGUCUCCUUGUUCUAUGGCACUGCCAUCUAUACCUACUUCCAGCCGAAUAACAGGUCUGCUCAGAAUCAGGGCAAGUUCAUCUCUCUCUUCUACACCAUCAUCACACCCAUGAUCAACCCCCUCAUAUAUACCCUGCGGAACAAGGAUGUGAAGGGAGCAAUGAAGAGAGUGCUUUGGAAGGCCUGUGACUCCUGCUGACUGGGAGGGGAAGGCACAUCAAGGCCCAAAACCCUUUGCAGUGUGUGUUCCCUGUGCCUUUUAAUGUUUCCCCUGCAAUACUGGGGGUGAUUUUCUUACCCAGUUCUCUUUGGGAAGCAAGGAGUCAAAAUCUAAAUUCAUGAAUUCCACGGAGGCUGAUUCAGUAUUCUUUUA